GCUGUAUCGCCAUCUGUCGUAGAAUAGAUCAAUCUUUUCUCGGUUCCUGAAUGGUGCUUGCGUUCAAGUUGAAUGGCUGUCUUGUGUUUACUCUCCGGCGUUUGCAGCAAAGUGUUCUUCGACAAUUAAAUUUUACACUACUUCUCUUCGCGGUUUGUAAAUAACAGCUCCAGGAUGUCCGAGUUGGUGCCUUUCAGCGUCCUCAUCGAUGAAUUGGAGACAUUAAUCAAACGAUUUCUGGACGGGAAACGCUCCGUCGAUGAUAUCGUCCAUUACAUUAAAACGGUGUCUGUACUAGACGGGGACAACUUGAGGCAGACUGUAGAUCAGGCCACCCGAAACGUGCUGACACUUCUGCUGCGAUCGGGCUUGGAAAGGAGGCCGGCAGACGAAAUCAUUAAACUCUCCAUUGCGCUCACCGUUAAAGAGGUGUGCUCGGGCAGCCUGCCAGGACUCCUGUUCUGCGACAUGUUCGACAGCCUGCCACUGAAUGAGAGCGAGGAGUUCUUUUCGCUCGUCGAAGACAAAGUCGACACCUGGAAAGAGGAGCUGUUCUUUAAAAACUGCAAGAACCAGCUGCUUAGAACGUGCAAUGAUCUUCUGCGGAGGCUCUCAAGGUCUCAGAACACCGUGUUCUGCGGGAAGAUCCUGGUCUUCUUGGCCAAACUGUUCCCGCUGUCGGAACGAUCGGGGCUGAACAUCAUCAGCGAGUUCAACUCGGAAAACAUCACGCUGUUCAGCUCCGAAGACUACAAAGGGAUGCCGAUGAAAGGGAGCCCUGACGACGACCUCGAAGAAGGCGAAACGGAUGACAUCAGCAGCACUGCCACCCUGUCGGUGGAUUACAACCUGUAUCGGAAGUUCUGGUCCCUCCAAGAGUACUUCCGGCAGCCCACGCUCUGCUACAACAAAGUACACUGGCGCCAGUUCACAUCUUAUUCCUCGGACGUGCUCUCGGUGUUCGGGAGCUUCAAACUGGACGACAUCAAAUCGGCACAGUGGACUCUGCCCGAAGACGCAGCUGCCUUGUCGGGAAAGUCCGUCUAUUUUGCAAAGUACCUCACGAGCCAAAAGCUGCUCGAGCUGGAGCUGAGCGACAGCAACUUCCGCCGCUAUGUCCUGGUGCAGUUCCUUAUCCUCAUCCAGUACCUGCAGUCCACAGUGCGCUUCAAACAAGAGUCACAAGUCUUGACGGAAGAGCAGUCGACCUGGGUCAAGAACACCAUGUCCCUCGUGUACAAGCUUUUGGAAGAAACUCCGCCCGAUGGUGUUGGAUUUGCAGCAAACAUCAAGCACAUUCUCCAAAGAGAGGAGUUUUGGAACACCUGGAAGAACGAAGGCUGCCCGGACUUCAAGGAGGCAAAGCCAGUCGACAUCGUCAAAGAGGGAAGACCCAAGCGCAAGCUCGGAGACGAAAUCAAGGCGGCGCUGGCGAACAAGAAAGUCAUCCUUGGAAAUGCGGAGAUGAACCGCCUGUGGAACCUGUGUCCGGACAACUGGGAGGCGUGCACCUCGCCCAAGCGGGACUUUGUGCCGAGCCUGGAGAAAUUCUUCGAGACAGCGGUGGAGCAGGCGGAUCCCGCGCACGCCAUCGAGAACCGUUACAAGAACGUGUACCAGGGCAACUUUGGGUGGCGCUCGCUGCGCCUUCUGUCGCAGAAGUCCCCGCACUUCUUCACGAGCAGCAACCAGCCCAUCAAGAGCCUGCCCCUGUACCUCGAGUCGAUGGUGCUGCGCUUGGCCAAGGAGCUGCCCCUCAGCACACAGAACUCCGCAUCGCAGGUCCUGGACGACAAAGCAGACGUGGCUGACUACGGAGCAGACGACAGCGAGGACGAACUGCUCAAGAACAACGAGGACGGGAACACAAACUCGCAUUCGAAGGCACCCGACCCCAAGAAAGACGUCUUGGGCAAGGAGCAGCUCCUCGCUUUGGCUUCUGCAUUGGCUUCGGAUUGGAUAAAGUUGGCGCCCCUGCUCAAAUUCAGCGAGGACGAGAUCCUCUACUUCUCCUCGGAGCACGGAGGCGACGCGGUAAAGCAGGCUCACCAGGCCUUGCUUGUCUGGGUGGAGCAAGAACCCCAGGAAGCGACGCCGGACGCGUUGCUCCACCUGGCGGACAAAGUCGGGCUGCGCGGGAAACUGGCACCCCUUCUGAUGGCAUCUCACUGAUCGGGUAGUUUUGCGAUUUCGCGUUCAUUAAACUCGUCUCAUCGAA